GCAAGGGCAAGCCUGUCUAUCGCCUACUUAAACACAAACUCUACUACACUAACAAUCCCCCGCUACACUCAAACUUCAAGCUUAACAAACUCUACACUCAACUAUGCAACACACCAACGACUGCUACCGCUGCAUCGGCAAAGGCUUGUGCGGUAGUGUCUGGACUUUCGAAGGCACUACUCACUAAACCGCUAUCAAGCGCGAAGAUGGCGGACCCGGCCGCUCCGUCACAAACGACUACAACAUGCACAUCAAAGUAGUUGAGAGCGCACAGCACCACCCGCCCUCAAAUCCCCUCUGCAUACCGCAAUGCCACCGUCUAAUCCAAGCCACGGACCCCUGGUGGCACUCAAACCUACCCCAAUUCCCUCCAGGUUACUCAGCAUACAGAACCCUACAAUCCGAGCGCAUCCCCAAAGUACCCCGGUCCAUCAGCAACAAAAUUAUCGAGCUCUUCUGCGCAGGCAACACGCCGCUAUGCGACUUUGUCAAAAUAAACCCAGACGACGACGCAUGCCUGAUUCGACCGUACCUGGGUAGCCGGCGCCGCCACAGGCAAGAAGGCGUUAGUCAAUCGCUGUUCCAACGCUUCAGUCUGCGCAAUGUACCGCUGUAUGUUGAUCAGAUGGAGGUGCUGGGGCUGGAUGUCAAGGCGUAUGCUGGUGCCAUGGCGGAAGCGCUUGCGUUGAUGCACUGGGGUGCGAGGAUUGAUGCGAAUGAUGUUGAGUUUGUGCUGGCUCCUCCGCGCGCAAACCAUACGCCUACCUUUGAGUCGGACUACUUGACCGUUCAUUGCAUGUGGAUUCUCGACUUUGAUUGCUGUCGUCCGAUCUGGGUUGACGAAACGGGCGUGGAGCAGGCUUGCGCUGCCUUCUACAAGAACGAUCCUUUCUAUCCCAGGCCGGGGACUGGAGAGGCGGCUGAUGAGGAGCUGUGGGUGCUGUUCAAGCAGAGGUUCCUGGAAUCUAGUCAGAGGAUCAUGGGGGAAGCGAAUCAUGACAAGUGGUUCCUUGCUGAUAAGUUGGUGGAGAGGAUUGAAGAGGAGGGUCGGUCGAGGAGGAAGGAUAAGGAGGCGGGAACUUCUUAGGUCACAUGUUGGUGAUCACCUCAAGGUUACCCUCAUACCUUGU